UCGUUGGAGCGGCGGGAAAGUGGGGCGUUUGUGGCGCAAUUGGUAUUUUAGACCCUGAGGGGUUCAAGCGGUACUUGCAAAAGCCAAGUUAGUUGCAAAUUACGUGUUCUUCUCAUCCGUCUAGAGAGAACUCCACAUAAUGGGAAAUACUCCCUUUGACUGUGGCCUUGCCAUUCUGUGUGCGCAAAUGAUUUAGUGUUUGCGUUUCACUGUUAUCAGAAAAACCGGACAGUAAACAGCCAGCAAGUGGAGAUGAAGGGACGCCACUGCAAAUCAGGCUCCGGUUUCCUAAACGAUAAGCCGCGGACUUGCUCGGCGCCCCUGAUGGCAGAAUGUUAGGGGUGGGUAAAGAAGCCAAGCCCGGAAGUUUCUAGAAGCCCGCUCUUUGAGCCGAGUCUGGCGCGGUGCUGUCUGCGCACGCGCCAGGCCAGCGGAACUUUUCCCCACGUGCGCAUGCGCCUAGGGGUGUGGCGACUAGGGGAAUAUCUUGGAACAAGCGUUCCUCGUUUCUGCCCUCGCGCAGUCCUGUGGUGAACGCCUGGUCUCCAUGGCGACUGGACGCGGUCGGAUCUUGCGACAUCGCUGGCUGGGCCUCCAGACGCUGCGCGAGCCCAGCGCGGGCGCUGGCGUGGCCCCGGGGCGCUCCAGGGUCUUUGGGUUCAGAAAGGGGCCAGGGGUCAAGUUUUCUGCAGGCUCUGCUGCCCUGUGGUGCCAUGGCAGAGAUGGGCAGCAUUGGGAGAGCUCUUUCUCUUGCUAUUCUGGGCUCCUGGAUAGAAUGCCUUCAGAAAUCUUGCUGAAGAUAUUUUCCUACUUGGAUGCUGUGAGCCUGCUGUGUACUGGAUGUGUGAGCAGGCGCUUUUAUCAUCUAGCCAAUGACAAUUUUAUUUGGAUCAGAAUCUACUCAACUGCUUUUUCAUCUACAAGAUCAAAUCGGAAAGUUAGUUCAGUACAGAAGAUAGCUACGUCUAUGAGCUUUCUGUCAGUUCAGAAUAAAGAAGCUGGUUAUUGGAAGAAAGAAUAUAUCACAAAACAAAUAGCAUCUGUAAAAGCUGCACUAGCCGACAUUCUCAAACCUGUUAACCCUUAUACAGGCCUUCCAGUUAAGACCAAAGAGGCCCUCAGAAUAUUUGGUUUAGGUUGGGCAAUUAUACUGAAAGAAAAAAGUGGAAAAGAACAUAUCAUGGAGCAUGUGGAUCUUUCCAUAAAUGACACCUCAGUUACUGUUAUAUGGUAUGGCAAAAAUUGGCCGUGCCUAGCAUCAUUGUCAACUUUAGAUUUAUGUGGUGUGACACCAGUUUUUAUGGACUGGUAUAAAACUCCCACCAAACAUAGAACUGACAGCUCUGGAGACAGGAAAGCUCACUUCUCUCUCUCCUUCCCUUGGCAUAAUAUUCAAAGACUCCGAUGGCAUUCUUUAAUUGCAAAGUACAAUUUGAGUCAUUUGACUGAAUCUACCAUGAUUGGCUGUGACAGACUUAUUCGGAUCUUCUGCCUGCACCCUGGCCUCCUGGUUGGACUCUGGAAGAAGGAGGAAGAACUGGCUUUUCUUAUGGCAAAUCUUCACUUCCAUCACCUUGUGGAGAGGAGCACAUUAGGCUCGGCCACUAUCCCCUAUGAACUGCCUCCACAUAGCCCCUUUUUGGAUGACAGUCCUGAGUAUGGACUGCACGGCUACCAGCUCCAUGUAGAUCUGCACAGCGGUGGGGUUUUCUACUUGUGUGGUACAUUUCGAAAUCUCUUCACCAAAAAAGAUUUUCUCAGAUCUCACUGGCAGAAACCCUGGCGAGCUGGCUUCUGUGUUCUAUGUUCUCUGAUGUGUCCUCAUCACUCUCUGGACACUUCCUUUCCUUUUGGAAUAAGGUGGUCCAGACUCAUCCUGUACUUUGCCUGCCACUGCCCUGGAAUCAGCCUUUCUUCAAAGAGGAUGUCUUCUUUCUGGUGGAGAGUAUUUAUAAACAAAGAUGUGUGUGCCUGGCAUGCUCAUUCCUAUCCUGAGGUAUCUCUGCUUCAGUUUCUCUCCAAGAACAGCAUCAGGAAUCGUGAAGAAGGUCCUUGCCUCUCCUUCAUCUUCUGGGAGGCCUCCCAGCCAUGCUUCCUGUUAAGUCUGCAGAACUGCAACGGAAAGAAAUUCUUCACAGGAAGUGACUUGAAUUUCAUCUGCCAUGAACAUCUUCAGCUAGAGACCAGAAGUAAGGACUUGUGUCAAAACAUGGGAUGGGGAGCUUAUACGUGAAGGUGCUGCAGAGACCAGGAACAUGCAUUUGAAAUGAAAUUUUUUGUCCACAUUGUACGUUUAGUGGGGCAGCCUAUUUUCAGGAGAAAACUGAUCAUGAAAGAGUGCUUGAGGAAUUUGUCCUGGAGAGCAGACAUUUUAAAAAUGUGCUGACCUAAUGAAGAGAGCUGGGAAAAUGGAAACCCUUGUAGUAUUUGUAGUCACAGGUCCAUUCGUUCUCUACUGAUCAUGCCCUGAGCCCCGGAAAGUGCUGAGACCCAAUAAAGAGGACAGAAUACUUGGCCUCAGGGAGUACACAUCACCUGGCAGAGAAAGAAAUGUACUACAGGUGGGGCGUUUCGGAGGUUAAGGAAAAUUCCCCUCCCUCCACACGCACUGGGAGCACUGAAGAAACGAAGCACACGCUGCAUCCACUCUCAACAGAGAUUCAGAAAGAGCUAAAGGAGUUGACUUGCUUGAGCGGAUGCCCCUGGUUAUGUAGGAUGGAAGCAAUUUUAUCCCAUGUGAUGCUAGGAAAAUGGCAGAGCCACACCAUAGAGGGGUCUAAAUGGAACACAUUGCAGUCAGUGCUCAGCCUGAGCUGAGAAAAGAAAACAGGCUCCCCAUGGGGAGGCAGGAACUUCCUCAGUGAUGAGAUUUUUGAAGUCCAUGUAAAUAAAUAAAUGAAUAGCUAACAUUUGCUGAGCACUUGUCAUGUGGGACACUCUUCUGAGAGAUUUAUGUGCAUUGAUUUAUUUUCAUCACAGUAACUUGACAUGUGAUCAUACAGUCUAAUGUGUACUGUUGUUUUCCAUGGUUUAUUGAUGAAAAAAUUGAUUCUAUAAUAUAAGCCACUUUACCAUACAUAUCACCUCUUUGGGUUCCAGAAGGGGCUCGGUGAAAGUGGUCAGUGCUGGUCAACAGCAGUGAUUGAGAGGCUUAAAACAAAGCACAAAGGCAUCAAGACUCAGGGUAAGGAAAGACCUGAGAGAGACUAGGAAGAGAUUGUGGUCAGGGAUUGACUUACUAGGAUAACGUAUUUGGGAGUGAUUUGUUUCUUAAAGCAGAACUUCCAGGAUCUGGAGAGAAAGGCACCAGCUCAUUUCCCAUAAAUGCAUGAAGGCUGGGUGUGGUGGCUCACGUCUGUAAUCCCAGCACUUUGGGAGGAUAAGGCAGGGAGAUUGCUUGAUUCUAAAGGUUUAAGACCAGCCUGGGAAACAAAGAAAUCUUCUCUCUCUAAAAAAAAUAUUAGCUGGGCAUGGUGGCAUGCAUCUAUAGUUCCAGCUAGUCAGGAGGCUGAGGUGGGAGGAUCCCUUGAGUCCAGGAGGUCAAGCCUGCCAUGAGCCAUGAUCAUGCCACUGGACUGCAAUCUGGGUGACAGAGCAAGACCCUGUCUCAAAACCAAACCAAAACAAACAAAAAAAAGAAUUGUAUGAGACCCAUCCUCAAAGAGUUUAGUGAAAACCUCAUUGCUCAUUUUAUAUUGAUUCCACUGUUGUUGAAGGAAUGUAGUUCCUUCUUACUCAAGCAGGUGGAAACCUGACUUUUGAGGUGCUUGAUGCACAGGACUUAGAAUAUUCCAUUUUCCCUCCAGCAGGCAUCAGUUAUGUCCUAAAUACAACUUCCACUGAAUAACACACCAGCGCAUGCUUGUUUAUUUACCCUAAACAUGUGUUCUUCCUUCCUUCCUUUUCCUCUCUCUCCCUUCCAUUCUUCCUCUCUUACCUCCUUUUUUUUUUUGUUUCCCGUUCUUUCUUUACAUAAUAAAUGUUAAACACAAGAAAUAGUCAUUGAGCACGUACUACAUGUUGGGUGUUGGGUGUUCAGUGAUUAUCAACAAUGUAUAUAGUCUGUAGCCCCUUGAAGUUCAUGGUUUAAUGGGGAAGACAGGUAAUCAAACAGCCAUGCAAACAGUAAAAUUACAAUGACAAGUACCACGUGAUUCUGUGAGACCUUAUGAUGGGGCUAUGUCUCCUGGUCACAAGAGAUAGGGCAGGAUUCUCUGAUGUGGCAAUGGCUAAAGCUGAGAAACAGAGCAUGAGUUGGAUUUGGACAGACAGAGGCGCACAAAGAUGAGUCUGGGAAGAAGAAGAGCCUGGGCAGCAGUCUCAUGGCAGAGUGUAUGCAAACUUCAGGAAUGGGAGAGAGCCUGAGAGUGUGUGCAGAGAGCAGGGGGAGCAUUGCGAGGCAGGGCUGCAGAGCGGGUGUGCAAGGCACCAUAUGGAGGGCGUCCUAGGCUGUGCUGAAGGCUUGUCUCUACCUAAUGGGCCAUGUGUUAUGAGCAUGAAGGUUGCACAGCUGCAUUGCAAUUUGAAGAGACUACCCUGGCUCCAGGGAAGGCAGUGACUUGGGCAGGGAGCACGAUUGGAUUGGGUGGGUCCACUAGGGACUCUUGCGCAGAGACAUGUUGAGCUGGGUACAUCCUCUGAGUCAUCCCCAAAAGACUAUGCCAAGUAGGAGUUCAUUUGGGCUUUAGGUUCUCUCAUUGUGCAUCAUUUUAUCUAUGUUGGGGCUUAGAAUCUGGUACCCCAAAAUGUGGUAUCGUAGCAUAUUGUGAGAAAUUGAGAAAACUGCAGAAGUCAAAGGGUCUCUGUGACCUUCUGAAACAUUUCUGUGUGAGAGAGAACUGGCCAUGAAGGAGUCCUCUGACCUACCUUGCCUGAAGGUAAGUCAUAAGACCCUCUUGUGACAGGUGUCCUGCUCUACACCUGGAAGCCGAGAGGAAUUGACUAGGCAGGCCUUGCUGUGUCCCCCACCCCAAGUUUGUUACCAUUUGAUCACACCUAUUUUAUCCAGUCAUACUUCUAGAUGACUGUCCACUCCAUCAAACCUAUGCACAAAACACAGUUUUCCUUGAAUUUUAUUUCUUCAUAUCUGAGGACUCUUGUGUUGUGUAAAACUGGUUAAACAAAUUUGUUAAGCAUUUUUCUUGUUAAUCUUUCGUUAUUGGGGUGUCAGCUAUAACCCUUGUGAUAAGUAAGGAAAAGAUAUUACUUUUUCUCUCCUACAUCUACGAAGUACCAGAGUACAGGGAGAGUCAGACAACACUAAAUGUUAUUACUUAAUGAGGCUCUAAGUGUUACAGAAGCCUCACAAAAGCUGAUUAUAAUUCCCACAAGUUAGAGAAUUCAUUCAUAGGCGGUAAAUGCAUCCUAAUACUGGGGUAAUUUUCUCAGAGAAUUUGAGGAAGAAAAGGACCAAGGUCUUCUUUCUCAGAGAAUUUAGGGGGAAAAAGGGCUGUUUGAUUUGUAUUUUAUAAACUUCAGUAUCAAGGUUAUAUGAGCAUCAUGUUAAACUCACUACUCACUCAGUUUUACCCAUUUUUGGACUUUGGUUUAUGGUAAUGAUAAUUUUAAACUAAGCCUAUAAUGACUGCAAACAUCUUCAGUUAGGUCAUUUAAUAAAAAUAAAACGACUUGAUAGGUGUCCUCUUCUCUUUACUCUUGAUUCUUGGCUUUUUAGGUAUUUUCUCGCUUGCAAUGGAAAGAAACUCCCCAUUAAAAUUCAGCAAUUUGCAACAUGCCAUUUGGUCUUCUCUGUUUAAUACCCUGUGUGUUGACAACUCCCAGAGAAUUUGCAGCCUCUGGAGAUGGCAUGGAGGUGAAAGAGACAAUUAACAAUUAUCUCGGGAUUGGUGAUGUGUGCAUCACAGAGUUUCUGAAAAAUGGUACCUACACCUACAACUGGGUUAAAGGUGGAAAUAGAUUAUCGGAUGAAUGAUCUUGCAAAACAUUUCAUCUAACAGUGUGUUUCAAGUAGAAAGUGCCCUGCAAUCGAGGGCAAUAAUUCGUGCUACAAUAAAUCUAAAAUGAAAGUCGUUUGUUAAAUAAAAACAAACAGAAAAGCCUUAAGUACACAAAGCAUCAUCCUUCCAAAGUUGAUCUGUCCUGACAGAUCCAUUACACUUAGAGAUUUUUCAGGGCUUUCUCUGUUUUGCUUAUAGUACAUAAUGGUCAUAAAGAGCAUUGUGAGAACACGUAAAGGGUCAGCGUGGUAUGAAGAAGUGGAUUUAGGGCAGGAGCGUUCACAGCAAUAGAAUGCGCUGUAGUUGGAGAAAAACUCUGCGUGACGGCAGCCAGCUGCCGCAGAAACAAAGAUGCCUCAUUUACUGUAGUUGCACCACAAAUAAUGCAUUUCCACUCUAACUUUAAGCCAAAUUCAUGGGUGUUUCCUGCCUGUGGACUACUGGUAAUGUAUACAAAGUCAACAAAUGUUGAUUAUAUCAGGAGGGAAGGCUACACUUGGUGGACAGAGAAGUUCAUUCCUUCAGUUAAUGUGAACACCUAUUGGCCAGAUACAAUGGAAAGUGCUUAGAAUAGAGCAGAAAACAGGUUAUAAUUCUUACUUUCAAGGAGUAUAUAGUUUAGUAAGAGAGGCUGAUCAUUAAACAGCAGGCCGGGCGCGGUGGCUCAAGCCUGUAAUCCCAGCACUUUGGGAGGCCGAGGCGGGUGGAUCACGAGGUCAACAGAUCGAGACCAUCCUGGUCAACACGGUGAACCCCUGUCUCUACUAAAAUUACAAAAAAAUGAGCUGGGCAUGGUGGUGCAUGCCUGUCAUCUCAGCUACUCAGGAGGCUGAGGCAGGAGAAUUGCCUGAACCCAGGAGGCGAAGGUUGCGGUGAGCCGAGAUUGCGCCAUUGCACUCCAGCGUGGGUAACAAGAGUGAAACUCAGCCUCAAAAACAAAACAAAACAAAACAAAAAACCAAAACUAGCAAUUACAUACUAUAUAUAAUAAUUAUGACUCUAUUUUCCAAUACAGAACAAAUAAGAGGGAAACCUACGAAGACAGCCUUCCUGAGGAAAAUAACUUCUUUUUUAAAUUAAAAAAAUUAAUUUUUGUGGGUACAUAUUAGGUGUAGGAAGUUACUUCUAAGCUAAGAGCCAGCCAGGGAAAUGUGGAAAUGGGGUUAGGGAAGGAGUUAUUCAAAUAGACGAAAUAGCAUGUAGUAACCCCUGUGGUAUGGUGAUAUCUGGGAAGCAAUGUAUGUUUACUGCAGCACACAGAAUAGAGAACUUAGGGCAGGAAUGUCUUAGGACAAGAGCCCUCAGUGGCACAGGCUCCUGCCUGUUGCAAGGUUUAGCCAUGGUAAGCCUCUGUGCUCACUGAGACAAAACAGUCAAGGCCUUGGGAUUCCAGCAGGUUAGGGUGAUAACAAUCGGGUCUGACACUUCUAAGGGAAGCUACCUGGGCUUUCUUUUACCCUUGUCCCUCCUAAGACUGCAGACUUGCUGCUUCUGCACAUGAAAGCAGGGCAUUUUAAAAGGUCAUGGAUUGUAAGAAGAGGUUAUAAUUCUUACUUUCAAGGAGUAAGAAUUAUAAAUUCAGCAAUUUGCAACAUGCCAUUUGGUCUUCUCUGUUUAAUACCCUGUGUGUUGACAACUCCCAGAGAAUUUGCAGCCUCUGAAGAUGGCAUGGAGGUGAAAGUUUCCCUAACCUGCUGGAAACCUUUUUUGCCUUAGAGACCUUAUUUUAAAGGAGGAAAAGUAAUUUGUGUUGUUCACAGUUGUGAUUCCUCCAAUUUUCUAAUCUUUCUGUCAUUUAUAAGAAUUUUCUACAAAUUCACUGUGGGGUGAUUUUCUUUGUUGUUUAAAUUAAGGACAGAGAGCAGGGGGCUGCUACAGAGACCCAUGACAUGUCCCUAGCCUGGGGAAGAAGAACCUUUGACUCAUGUUCAGGUCUAAAAGUCAGUUACCCCUUUGUGAAUGGAAAACUUCUGGUGGAGCAGGAGUAAGGCUUCACUGUGCACCAGCUCUUGCUCCUGAGAGGCCUGAGAAAGAAUUCUCAGGGGCUUUGCUAGAGAAGACAGUGCAUGCUGGCUUGGAAGGAAAGUGCAGCUGGAGCUGUCCAUGGUGUUCGCCCAAUCGACGGCCUGUUCCACUCUUUCUUGGACUUUGACCCUCAGCCAAGCUGCAAGACAUCUUGCUUUCCCCCUUGUUCAGGACCCAUCACACUGGUCAAGUCACUGACGUUUCUGGUGAAGUUAUAACCUCAUCUUCAGCUCCUCACUUGACUAACUACACUCUCCUCUAUUCUGACUCUGUUGCUACAGUGUGAGUUCAGGAGUUUGCACUGUCCUGCUUCAGUCUCCACUGAAUGCUUUCAGAUUUCUUUUCUAGUCAGAGGGAACCCUGUUCUUUUGAGAAUUAAAAUAUUCUAAGCUUUUCCAAUUUCAAUGAACAUGGGAAAAAAUGUUUCUGUCCAUUUGACUGCUAGGGGCUGAAAAGCAGUACCCCUCACUGUCCUGAUAGUGGAUGCUGAGACAGGCUCUUUGUGGAAACUGUUGUCCUCUAAGGCUGGAAUAUAUUUGAUUCAAAGUUAUACAAUGUCAUUUGCAACCAGUAUAUCUAGACUUUUAUUCUAUAGUUCUGCAGAAGUACCAUUUUGAACCUUAAAAUGAGAGGAAUCUCAAAUUACUUAAAUUUCUGUGUAUGCUUCAUGACAAAUGACCCAUCUUUCAAUUCCUGAUAAAAAUCAAAGGGUGCUAGACAAUUUCAGGUAAAUGUUGACUCCACCAUCUCAUAUAAAAACAUUUUCUGGACAUGAUGGAUGAAAUUAAAGGGUGAAAUGUGAUUUCUGAGCCAAAACAACACUCUGAUAAUAUUCCUGAUUUUUCUGUCUGUUUCCAAAUAGAUUGCUUAGAAGUGUCAUGUUAGCAAUUACCAGCCAAGUUUUAGCACUUCAGAAGAUUAAGUGACUUUGUAGAUCUAAAUUAGAAACCACCUGGAAGGAGCCGAAGCUUACCUGCUGAAAUAUAAAAGGUACUGAAUAAAAUCUGCUACAGAGUUGAGGCAUGACAUGUAAAAAUACCUCUGUCAUGUUCAGACAUUAAAAAUAAAUUAUUGGAAUGAGAAAUUGAUAAUAAUACACAGUUUAAAACUUUUUUAGCAAGUUGGUACAAAAGUCAUUGCAGUUUUUGCUAUUUUACUUUCAUUAAUUGCAAAACCCACAUUAGUUGUGCACCAGGCCAAUAAAUGUUCUACCCUGAUUGCUCAGAUUAUGCAGUGUUUAUCAUUUUUAAAUCUUUCUAAACAUUCCCUCUUUUUUUUUUUUUUUAGAAUGUUGUAGUUUAUUCUUUGAGGUUAAUAGAGAGAUCAUAGAAACCCGAACAUUUGGGCCUUGCCCUCGAGUUUUUUCUGUCUGUGGAAGUACUGUGGGUAUUCUUCCCAAAAAUACAAUGGUGAGUUCAGAGUCAAGAGGAGCCAGGAAUCUCAGAGCCCCUUCCUCUGAAGAAUGGGACCAAAGGAUCCCUGUUCUUCCUCUCUGCACAAUGAGGAACUAUGCUCUCACCCUGCACCAUUUCAUUCUGGUCCAGGGACAGAAUGUCCUCAUCACAACAUGCUGGUCUAUCUCU